ACCAAGGCGAGAUGGCCUCCGUCGCUUCCUUCAACCGCAGCCAGUGGUCCUCCCAGUCGCUGAGGGUCACCGCCAAAGAGCUGUCAAUCGUCUCCUCCAGGGGCAAGAACAACGCCAUCGCAGAACGCUUCUCCAAAUACCAGAUGGCUGCAGAGGAGAGCAAUGCAGAGAAGAAGAAAAUGGUGGUGGAAGCCUUGCCUCAGACACUGUGCAACGGGAAUCUGAAUGUCCUGAAGAAACGCUGGGAGCAACCGCAGCAGGCUAGACCCUCCAGCGCCACCAGCGCCACCAGGCCCACCAGCGCCACCAGGCCCACCAGCGCCACCAGGCCCACCAGCGCCACCACCACCACCAGACCCCCCAGCUCCACCAGCACCAACGGCACCACCAGACCGCCCGCCAAGCCGACAUCUCUUCAGCAGCGCGCCGUCCCUACGCCGAGACCUCUAGCCCCCGCCGCCCCGCUGCUCAACACCCAGGAGGACACCCCGAACACCUCCUCCCAGCCCCCGCCCCGGGAGCCGCAGCGGGAGCCCCAGGCCGCGCCCCGGGCCGGAGAGGCGGCGGACAUGGAGCGGCCGGAGGGGGGCGCCCUGGAGGUCCCCGAGGAGGAGAAGGCCAACGUGCCGCUCAGCAGCCUCAAGAUGAUGUUCGAGAACGGGGGAGCUGGCCAGGUAUCUAGUGAGCAGGAAGAGACGGGAGGAAAUACUGCAGAAAUGGACCAUCUAUCAGGAGGGCCGGACGGGGCCGAGUCCACUCCUCUGAAGGACAGGAUGGCUCUCUACCAGGCUGCCGUCUCCAAACAGGAAGCCCUGCCCACCUCCGUCAGUAGUGACCAGCUGGAUAGCUACAGUGGAAAGCAGAAGGAGAAUGUUCCCCCCUACAGUCCAGACAAGCAGGGUCCGGACUCUGAGCCCAACAGCAGGAAGCCCUCCAGCUCCUCCGACACCAACGGCGGCGGCGGCAGCAGCAGCGGCACCCCGGGGUCCUCUCAGCCGAAGAGGCAAAACUUCCGCCCUCCGGCGAGGGAGACGUGUGUCUCCUGUUCCAAGACGGUCUACCCCCUGGAGCGUCUUGUGGCCAACCAGCAGGUGUUCCACAACACCUGCUUCCGCUGCACGCACUGCAACACCAAGCUCAGCCUGGUGAACUACGCCUCUCUGCACAACAACGUCUACUGCAAGCCGCACUUCUGCCAGCUGUUCAAGGCCAAGGGCAACUACGACGAGGGCUUCGGCCACCGGCCGCACAAGGAGCUGUGGGGCGCCAAGGGGGAGGCCGGCGAGGGCUCACCGCCGGCCAGGACCGAGACCAGACCCAAGCCCCAGACCCCGGCUCCGGAGCUGGACAGUCCCAGCGUGGAGGACUCCCCUCUGGCCGCGGUCAACGUCCUCAUGGCCACCAUGGAGACCAUGGCCCAGGGCUCGGCGGAGAGACCCCCGCGGCCCGCAGAGACCCGCCGCCUCAAGAUCUCCUGGCCCCCGCGGGCCGAGGCGGAAGCGGAGGCUGCCGGCGGGGGGCCCGCCCUCACCGCCGUGACCCCUGCCCUUAACGGGGCCUCCGCCGCCGCCAAGCAAGUCCGAGCCAAGUGGCCCCCGGAGGAGGAGCUGUCCUCCCUGUGCGCCCCCAGGGGGGAGAGCCCCGAGGCCAGCGAGCUGUCCGGCAUGCGCAGGAGCUCCUCCCUGAAGGAGCGCCGCCGGCCCUUCACACUGGCCGCUCGGAGCGCUGCCCCCGACGGCCCCCCGGCCCCCCCGCAGCCACGGGAUCCGGGGCACCAGGGCGACGGCCUGGCGCCCUCCACCAGCAUGGAGCUACAGCAGCCGCAGGCCGGCGGCCAGUCUGACGACCCGACGGCCACGCGGGACAGCUGGGUGGAUGACGAGGAAGAGGAGGAGCUGCGAGGGGCUGAGGAGGAGGGGGAGGAAGAAGAGGGGGUGCAGAUGGAGGAAGAGCAGAUGGAAGAAGAGGACAUCCUUUUGGAUGAAGAGGAAGAGGUGCCAUCACUCCAGGGGAGUCCCAUGGAGCCCGCCGGGCUGUCGUCUGCCGACAGCGAGCAGGGGGCCGUCGGCGACCCGGCCCCCCAGGACGCGGGCCCCUGGGACCGCGAAGAGGAGACGCCACCAGAGAAGGAGGCACUUUCUGUGGAGGAGAUGAUCAAACGGAACCGUCACUAUGACGACGAGGAGGAAGAGGAGGAUGUAUGAAUGCGAAGCUCUUCAGCAGUGUGCUCUCAGGUCCUCCUCUCCUUCAUCUCAUUGGACCACGUUCUGCUGCUUCACUCCAGACACUUGGUGCCUCUCUGACCGGUGUUUCUACCUUCUGACCUUCUUGAACCUUGCAAGACAUUCCUAAAAUAUUAGCAUCUCUCACUGUCGGUGACGGUUUAAGAAAAGUGUUUGUCUGAUGCAAGUUGAUUUUUAAAUGUAAAGAAGUACAUCUCAUCCUUCAAGUACUUAUUUUUAGAUUUCAAGGUAGGCUGAGGUGAGUGCUCUUGUGCUACGCUAUGCACUUGUUAUUACCCAGAACACACCUGGGCCUCUGUAGUAUGAGACGGGGAAUACUAGGGUUAGAAACGAUAGAUGGCUCAAAGGAUGUUCUUCUGCCCCCCUGCCUUUCUCACUUUCCUCCUUUUUUAUGAUGUGUAAUGCAAGCAAAUACUGCUACCAUCAUUGUUUUAUGUGGACCAAAAUAUGUACUGUUCAUACAAAUAAAGAAUUGUUAUACUCAA